CCCCGUCCGCCGUCGACGGCGGUUUAAUCCGCGAGAAAGGGCGAAAGUCUCUUCUCGGCGCCUUACCUUCCCCCCCGGGCAGUUGCUGCCACGGACGAAACUACUUGGUAUUCUCCGCGGCGCCGACCGCCCUGGUCUAAGUACUUAGGCCUAAUUACUUCCACCGCCCGAAAAGUAAACCCGGACGUUCUCCCUCCCUCUCCCCGGUACUUGGGCGUCGGGUUUAGGCCGGGCCCGAUUCCCGCCCGUCGGCUACCGAUAUUUGAUGUAAUCGAUAAUUAUAACUUGGCCCUUGGCUUUUUAAUAAUAUAAUCGCCAAAGACAGAAUUUUUCUCCUCCUUUUCCGGCUUUCGUUCCCGACUUUUUUCCAUCCGGCUACCGGAAAUAAUUUCCCAACCGCCGGAAUGAUUUGUCGACGGAUGUCGAGAGGAAGGAUGGAACCGAGGAAACCUUAAUCCCAUUCAAUUUUAAUCCGUCGGUCGAUUCGGACCGAAAGUUUACAAAUUUUGCCAGGAAUGACGUUUAAAAUGAAAGACGACGGAAAGUCUCGGGGGUGGACGGACUUCUUCAAUUACACCUUGGCCCCCCUUUUCUUGAUGAUCGGCUCCACCAAUUUCUCCGUCUGCGUCGUCUACCUGGUGGUGGUAGAGAAGAGCGACGCGGGGGCCGUGACCCGCCGGGGGGGCCCGGUCGAUUUCGUCCUCCGAGCUUGGAAGAGUUCUCUGGUCUUCGACCCCGAAAUCGUGGCGCUGUUGGCCGCCUACACCCUGUGGUCGGCCUCGGCCCUGCUGAUCUUGGGAGGAGAAGCGUACUACGGCCCUCCCACCAGCACCGGCCACCGACCCCGCUACCUUCGCUCGGGAUUCAAGUAUUACCUGGCCAGCCUGGCCUCGGCCGCUCUUCUUCUCUCCUCCGUUUCCGCCCGGCACUGGUACCAAAAAUUCCACGUGGUUAUCGGCAACGUCGUCGUCUUCGGCUACUGCGUCACCGUAUUGAUUUACCUGAAGGGUCGCCUUUACCGUUCUCCGGGAGAACACGGCUCUUCGGGAAACGUCGUCUUCGAUUUCUACUGGGGCUUGGAGUUGUAUCCCAGAUUGGGCCAGUGGUUCGACGUCAAGCAGUGGACCAACUGCAGAUUCGGUAUGAUGGCCAUGCAACUGAUAAUACUACUGUGCUGGAAGGCCCAGGUAGAAGAGACCGGUUGGAACUGGGCCAUGGCCACCACCUCCUGUCUUCAGACCGUUUAUCUGGCCAAAUUUUAUUGGUGGGAAGACGGCUACAUGAAUACCAUCGACAUCACGCGGGACAGAGCGGGUAAGUUCUCUUACAUUUACGUUAAAUGGGUAAUGCCAGGAACACACACGCAGAGCCGUAACUAGGCAGGUGCAACGGGUGCACCCGCACAGGGUCCACACUGCUGUUAGCAAGAAAUUAUAUUUCUAAAUUUUAAAUUUUUCCGCCUUUCUGCAGCGCGGUUUGGCGAUUACAUUUCGCCUUACUUAGACCCUAGAUGUCCGCUCACCGGUGUUCCCAACUGUGGCAACUUUUAGAGGGACGUAGUGAGGUAGCGGAGACCUCGGACAAAUCAGCCAAAAGUAGCGACUUUUGAGAUUUUUUAAUUUAUUUUUUGAGAAAUUUAAAUUUGAGAUUUUCCGCGAACGGCGGAAAAUGCUACUGUAAAAAGGAUUGCGAAAACGCAAAGAUUUACAGAUUUUUCUCUACUUUAUAGAGCUCUCUGGCAACUACUA